AUGGACACAACAUUUUCUGAUAUUAUUUAUUUUAUUAAUGCCAAAUCAAUUGGCUCUCAAUGGGAUAUACGACAAUUUCGAAUAAAUGAGCACGGUAACUUGAUAGCAAUGGAAAAAUUUGUUGUUUAUCAUUCACAACAAGGACAGCUAUUCCGUAGAGAGAUGGUAAAAAUUGAAAUUAUUACUGCAGGUGGAAAAUUAAAAUCAUUACCAGGUAAUCAUGGACGCACUGAACAAUUCAAUCAAUUCAUCGUUGAACUCGAUUUAAAGCGUUCAAUACUGUAUACCUUCAAUCGUCUUAAAAGAAAUUUACUAUCCGAAUGUUUGUUCGAUUUGCUUUUCAGGCCAUCUCAUCUACUUCAAAAAUGGAGUAAAUUCAACGAAGCACGCCACACGCAAGCAUGGCUUGAAUCGUUUGCUGUCGAUGGCCAGUUGAUGAUGUUUACUGAAUCCAUUCGCAACAAAAUGGGAGCCACUUCUGAAUUAUAUUUAACAAAUCUGCGGAUUCGAAAUAGCUCAAUACGACUACUGCAUUUGAAUUUUGUUACUGAUAUCGGCGUGCUACGAAAACAAACUUAUGCUCAUUUGUCAACAAGGAAUAUUCCCACUUUUGAUGAUAUGAGGCAGUUAUAUAUACAGAAUGUCCGAAAUACUCCGUUAACAAUGUCACAUGCAUCAACAAAACAUACCGUUCUGAAUAUAGUAUCACUGACAACAUUAACAUUAACCGUUGAAACGACUUCGACAUCUACAGUAACUUCUGCUUGGAGAACAACAACAAUAAAUGGAAUUGAUCGAUUCUAUUCCGAAAUCGAAAAUGACCGCUCAAGUGGUAUCGAUGAUGAAAUUCGGAAAGAAACCGAAACACAGAAAACGGCAUGCCCAACUACACUGUUGGCACAGUAUGUCACGCAUCAAGAGCAGUUUGCCGAAAAUAUUAGCGGAGACAAUGACAUAAAGGAAUCAGAAAAGCAGCUUGUUGGAAACAUGGAAAAGACGCGAGAUACAACUUUUUUAAACAAUACUGGUGAUAAAUUUUGGAAGACCAACACUUCUGAAGUGUUCGAUACUAAUGACCAUAUAUAUGGAAAUGAAAUGGGAAACAAGCAAGAAACAAAAGAUAGCUUCCAACUUUCACAACAAGUUAAUUCAGAAAAGACUGUAACGAGCGCAACCGCUGGUCACAGCGAGACAACCUCACCACCUACAUUAAGACUUAAGUGGGAUAACAGACUUAAGAAAAAAAUUUUGCACGGUGCACAAGAUUUUGGGUACAGUGACGAAGAAGAAGAGGAAAGAAAAGGAAGAGCGAUUAAAGGAAAUGGAAAACGGUGCGAUGCAGUGCAGCAUUUCGAGACUGUUAUAAGCUGA